CGCCUUUGUUUUACCUCUUCUUGAACAAAUUAUUCUUCCUUCUGCUCUCUCUCUCUCUCUCUCUCUCUCUAAUCCAAGCCUCUUUCGUCUCUCUAAACUUAAUCGGACACACCAUGACAGGCAGAGAAAUCCUCCACAAAAUGAAGGUUAAAGCGAUACAAUGUGCAUCUGGAUCUGAAGCAACAGUGAAAGGUAAAGGCAAAGUGUCAAACCAUGUUACUUAUGGCUCUCACCUGGUGAAGGGGAAAUCACAUCAUGCUAUGGAAGACUAUGUAGUUUCUGAUCUCAAACAUGUACACAACCAUGACCUUGGUUUGUUUGCAAUAUUUGAUGGCCAUUUGGGCCAUGAUGUCGCAAAUUACUUGCAAAACCACUUGUUUGAUAAUAUCUUGAAAGAGAAAGACUUCUGGACUGACACAGAGAGUGCAAUAAGGAAUGCAUAUAAGAAAACAGACGAGGAAAUACUGGGGAAAGCGCUCACCUUGGGCAAAGGAGGAUCCACUGCUGUUACAGCAAUUUUGAUCGAUGGCGAGAAGCUUGUAGUGGCAAAUGUGGGAGACUCCAGGGCUGUGCUAUGCAGGAAUGGCCUCCCCAAACAACUGUCGGUCGAUCAUGAACCGAGCAAAGAGAAGCGAAUGAUCGAAAGUCGGGGUGGUUUCGUAUCAAACAUUCCUGGGGACGUUCCACGUGUCGACGGACAGUUGGCAGUGGCCAGGGCAUUUGGCGACAAGAGCUUGAAGAUACACCUCAGCUCGGAACCUGACGUGUCCGAGGAGGCAGUGGAUGAUGAAGCCGAGUUCAUCAUUCUAGCAAGUGAUGGCAUUUGGAAGGUGAUGUCGAAUGAAGUGGCAGUGGACUCCAUCAAGGCAAUAAAGGAUCCUCAAUUAGCAGCGAAGCACCUGAUCGACGAGGCCCUUUCGAGGAAGAGCAAGGACGACAUAUCUUGCAUAGUUGUAAGAUUCCAAUAAUACACUGUAUAUAUGGAUCCCUGCAGAUGGUGAAAAAUCACCAGCUGUUGUUCUAUUGUAUCAUGUAUGUGUGUGUAUUGCAACCCGUAUAAAAGAGCUUCUCUUUUUUUGGAUUUGGAUGGCAGCUAGCUAGCCAGCCCCGUUGUGUUUGUUCUGCUAUUCCUGUAUAAUUAAGCAAAAUGGAUCUCAGUUCUGUUCAAGUUCUCAAAUUCUUUGGAUGUAGUUACCGUUUCUGUUUUUGGCGAGAAAACUAGCGUUGAAAUCGAAUUGAUUGCACCUUGACUUCUUUGGACAACGAUCACUAAAACACGGCUCACACCUCUUCAAACAAAGUUCGAAUGAGGGUGUUCGAUAUUUAAACGACUUACGAGACAGAAAUCUACAUUAAAAUUUGACAUUGUAU